AAGGAAUCUAAGACAGUGGUUACAAGUACAGUGUUCAGUCACUCUACCUGAGACGGAGAAGAGUCUCGCUUUAAUUAAUGGAUCAAAUUCAGCACAAGUUCGUCACCAUUGACGAUCUCAAGCUUCACAUAGCAGAGGUUGGAAACGGUCCAAACGUCGUCGUAUUCCUCCACGGUUUCCCAGAGAUAUGGUACACCUGGCGGCACCAGAUGAUAGCCCUCGCCGAUGCCGGAUUCAGAGCUAUUGCGCCCGAUUACCGAGGCUACGGUCUUUCCGAUCCGCCACUCCAACCCGAUAAGGCUUCCUUCUCGGAUCUUCUCCGUGACCUUCUUGCAAUUCUCGAUUCUCUUGCUCUUUCCAAGGUGUUUCUUGUUGCAAAAGAUUUUGGAGCUCGUCCAGCGCAUCUAUUUUCCAUUCUACACCCUGAAAGGGUCCUGGGAGUUGUCACCUUGGGUGUUCCAUAUAUUCCACCUAGUCCCUCUGCGUAUCACAAAUACCUUCCCGAAGGCUUUUACAUUUUGAGAUGGCGGGAACCUGGAAGAGCAGAAGCUGAUUUUGGACGCUUUGAUGCUAAGACUGUUGUGCGAAAUGUUUACAUUCUCUUCUCAAGAAGUGAAAUACCAAUAGCCCAAGAGAACCAGGAGAUCAUGGACUUGGUGGAACCAAAUACUCCUCUUCCUGCUUGGUUCUCAGAGGAAGAUCUUGCCACAUAUGGAGCAUUGUAUGAGAAAUCUGGGUUCCGAACUGCAUUGCAGAUUCCAUAUAGGUCAUUUGGUGAAGAGUUUAACUUACCGGAUCCUGUCGUUAAAGUUCCAGCACUUGUGAUAAUGGGUGGCAAGGAUUACUUUCUAAAGUUUCCAGGGAUUGAGGAUUUAAUAAAGAGUGAAAAAGCAAAAGAGUUUGUUCCCAAUUUGGAGGUUACAUUCAUUCCUGAGGGAACCCAUUUUGUUCAAGAACAGUUUCCCGCAGAGGUGAACCAGCUUAUCCUUGACUUCCUCGCCAAGCACACUUGAUAUUAGACUUUCAUGUGGAUAUAUGGUCAUGACUCAUGAAUAGUGGUAUGUGGAUUAAUUAUGAAGUGUGGGAAGUUUAGCCAAAAAUGGUACCAAAUCUUUGAUAGCUGAAGCAGAAAUUAUUGAACCUUGCCGGAAAAACUAUUGUUAGAUGUAUUUCUUGUGCAGGGAACUUAAAAUAUGCGGCUUAGUUUUCUAAUAAAUUGAGUCAUGCUAAAUAACUAAUAAAUAAUAAACUUUUUAUU